AGUGGUUGUUUACGUUUUUGUUACACGUGCUUUAAAUUUAAUUUUUUAAUAAACUGUGCGCUUAUUAAGGCUGUAUUCGUAAACAAAAUGAGUAGCAGUAAAAUUCCGCCGUUGACCUAUAAGGUUGUGGCCGAAUGCUCCGUCUCCAAGGCGCGAGCGGGCCUAAUGACGCUGAGGCACAGUGAGGUGCGGACACCAGUAUUUAUGCCCGUGGGCACGCAGGGCACGCUGAAGGGCGUGCUGCCGGAUCAGCUAAUUGAGAUGGACUGCCAAAUUCUGCUGGGCAACACUUAUCAUCUGGGAUUACGGCCCGGCAUUGAAACAUUACGUCGCGCCGGAGGAUUACACAAUUUCAUGGGUUGGCCCCGGGCGAUACUGACGGACUCGGGUGGCUUCCAGAUGGUGUCGCUGCUCCAACUGGCCGAGAUCGAUGAGCAGGGCGUGAAUUUCCGAUCGCCGUUUGAUAACAGCGAAUGCAUGUUGACGCCGGAGCACUCGAUGCAAAUCCAGAAUGCCAUUGGAGCGGACAUAAUGAUGCAGCUGGACGAUGUGGUCAAGACCACGACGACCGGUCCACGCGUCGAGGAGGCCAUGGAGCGCACCAUACGCUGGGUGGAUCGCUGUGUGGCGGCACAUGCCCGUGACGAGGAUCAGUCGCUGUUUCCCAUUGUCCAAGGCGGACUAGAGAUUCCACUGCGUGAGCGUUGUGUCGCCGCACUGAUGGAGAGACAGGUGCGAGGAUUUGCCGUGGGAGGCUUGAGCGGCGGCGAGAGUAAACAUGACUUUUGGCGCAUGGUUCACGUGUGCACGGAUCGCUUGCCGCGUGAUAAGCCGCGUUAUCUGAUGGGCGUGGGAUUUGCCGCCGAUCUGGUAGUCUGUGUGGCCCUGGGCAUUGAUAUGUUUGACUGUGUCUUCCCCACACGCACCGCCCGGUUUGGCUGCGCCCUCGUCGACAGCGGACAGAUGAACCUGAAGCAGCAGAAAUACAAGCACGACAUGCAACCCAUUGACAAGGAGUGUGAGUGCAACACGUGCAAACGCUACACUCGCUCCUACUUGCAUCACAUUGCCACCAACGAGAGCGUCUCCUGCUCCCUACUCAGCGUCCACAAUGUCGCCUAUCAGCUGCGCCUCAUGCGCUCCAUGCGAGAGGCGAUACAACGGGAUGAGUUCCCUCAAUUUGUGCUCGACUUCAUGGCUCGACACUUUGGAGAGCAGCCCAUACCUAGUUGGAUACGGGAAGCUCUGAGCGCCGUGCAUAUUGAAUUGCCGCCUGACUCGGUGCAGAAUGUGCAGGAGGUGCAGGUCAACCGCAAGGAAAAGAGCAGAUAGAUAUAUUUGGACAGAAAAUAUAUUUAAAGUAUAUUUUUAAUAAACAAGAUAGAUACAAAACUUAAA